AUGGAACAGGACGCAAACGUCAAGGUCUUUUGCCGCGUACGGCCGCCCAAUGAGCGUGAGCGUGGUGGUAAACUCUCAAGCUCAAGUAAUUCUAUGGGCUUUUUGACGCGCAAUACAAACGUCGCUGCUGCCUCCACGUCCUUUACGAAGAAAUGUGUGACCGUUCCAAGCUCUGAUCCUUCCCAACAGACGAUUUUCUUACAGAGUCACCAUGGAAUAACAAAGACAUUUACAUUUGAUCGGGUAUUUGAUGAAGCUGCGAGCCAGAAUGAUAUUUUUGAGGUCGUUGGUGCGCCGCUUACACAGGCCUGUCUUGAAGGAUACAAUGGCACGAUCUUUGCCUAUGGACAGACAGGAUCAGGCAAAACGUUUACAAUGCAAGGACCUGAUGACGUGAUUGAUGCGGAUGUAAAUGAUUGUUGCUUGGUAACGGAAGAAGAAAAGUUUUCACUGCGAGGUCUUGUACCACGCGUAUUUGAUUAUCUCUUUGAUAAUGUUGUGGCAAAGGAUACAAACAAUCAGGUUCAACAUACGUUUGCAUGCUCGUUUCUAGAGAUUUACAAUGAACGAGUGUAUGAUUUACUUGACGGUGGGAGUGCAAAAGAUACAGCAGGACUACAAUUGAGAGAAAAUGGACGAAAAGGUGUUUACGCAGAAGGUUUGAUUGAAAGUGUCGUGACUAGCUCGAAGAAAGCAGCGGAACUCAUGACCAUUGGUGCUCGGAAUCGACGGGUUGGACAAACGUCUAUGAACAGAGAAAGCAGUCGAUCACAUAGUGUGUUCAUUUUACAGCUACAGUCCAAGGAGAUUUUACCGGAAGGCACGAAGAUCCGUACGUCGCGGUUUAAUUUGGUGGAUUUAGCAGGUUCAGAACGACAACGAAGUACUGACGCAGCGGGAGAACGAUUGAAGGAGGCCGGCAAUAUUAACAAGUCAUUAUCUGCUCUUGGUAAUGUCAUAUUGGGCUUGUCGGAGCAAUCGGUGGGUAAACAUCGCCACGUGCAUUACCGUGAUUCCAAGCUGACAUUUCUACUAAAGGAUUCGCUUGGUGGAAACUCGAAAACGUUCAUGAUUGCAACCAUUUCACCAGCCGAAGAUUCUGCAUUCGAGACACUUUCCACACUUAAGUUUGCUCAACGAGCAAAGAUGAUUCAGAAUAGUGCAGUCAUCAACGAAGACUCUGUUGGCAGUGCGCUCUUGUUGCAAGAAGAGGUCCGACGACUUCGACGGCAGCUGCAGCAGGCACAUCAAGAAGCAUCACGCAGUAUUGCAGGCUCUAAUAUACUCUUACAUCAAGGCGCAACACCAUCAGACGUUACUUCAAGUCAAGAUUCUGUUGCUCCAUUGUCUCAACAAUUUGGAACUUGUGAUCCUGUCAUUGACACGCGCAUCCGCGAGCUGGAAGAAUCGUUUGCAAUGGCUGCAGAGAAAAACGAUCGAUUGCUGCGUUCAUGCGAGUUUCUGCAGCUUCAAAAUGGAAACUUUCGAGCGCUUUGCACGGAUUUGAAACAAAGUGUCGCGCAAUUGAAGAUGAUGCUUCGACUUCGCGGAAUUGGCAGCACCGAAGUGCAUGAAUAUAAGCCUUCAGCUGACGCCAUUGAGUGGAGAAUAAAAUACGAUGAGAUGGAGGAGCGCUUUGUUGAGAUUCAGGAGAAGCUACAACGCAGUGGAAUAGAAGAUGCUGGCAGUGCAGACAAGGUUCAGAGCGAAGUUGAAAGCGUCAACAUUAUGCUUUUAUCUUUGACAAAGCAGCUUGCUUUUGUGCUGCGCGAAAAGCAUGACUUACAAGAGCGACUGCUGGAUAAUCAAGCUGAUAAGGAGCAAAACGUGGAAGGUCUUUCAUUGCUAAAAAAUGAAGAUGCAGACUUUUCCGCACGAUUGGAGGAGUCACUGAAGCAGCAGGCUUACGAGUAUCAGGCCAAGGUGGAUUCAGCGGCAUCUGUCAUUGCCUGUCUGGAAGAGAAAGCAGCAGAGACAUCGCUUGAGCUUAUACAAAUGAAGGAGCUGGAAGGUUCGUGGUUAGUCCAGCAACACGAUCUCGAACGCCGACUUGCAGAUUCAACAGCAGCUCUACAACAUUCAGAAGAAGCUCAACAUUUGACGAAUAAUCUGCUGAUACAAGAAAAGACUAGAGCUGACAAGCUGCAGGUACAACUAGAUCGAGCAUGUGAAAGUGUCCAACUUGAAUUUGAGGCUGCAUUAGCUGACGCUGCUACUGCCAAUCGAUCUCUUGAGCGCUCAAAAAGGCGGUUAGAGCAUCAGCUUACUGCUGCGAAUGAGGAUCUCAAACAACGUGAGUAUCAGGUCCAACAAGCGGACGAUGCAUUUGCUCAACUGAAGGUGGAAAUUACUACACUUGAUCAGGAAUACCAAAGAUCAUUAUUAAAAUGUAAAGAGGCUCGAGGCGAACUGGAGAAAAGUGCACUACAAGAAGUCCAGCUUCGAGCCGAAAUUUCUGAGCGUGAGAACGUGAUUAAUGAGCAGAAGCGUCAGGUAGCAAUGGUUAUCGAGGAAAAAACCAUACUGGAACUGAAGCUUGAGGAGUUGAGAAAGUACAUCAUACAGUUGCAGAAGGAUGCUAAUGUAACCGCACAACAACAUACAGAAAAGACUGAGUUAUUGAAGCGUCAAGCACAAGAGGAUAAGCAAAUGUUGACUGAGGACUUUAGCGAGAAACUGCGAUUGAAAGAUGAAAAGUUUCAGCAGCUUGAUGCUGAAUUUGGGAUUCACAGAGCUAAUGCAGAAGAAGCUGGUCGUCUUCACAGCUUACUGCUGGCAGAAAAGGACGUGGCAGUUACUGUGCUUCAGCAACAGCUCGAUGACAGAAAACAGGAAUAUGAGCAAGCGUUGGGAGAAGUCCAUCAGAAAUUGUCCAAGACACUUGCUGAUCUUUCGAAGGUGUAUGAAGAGAAGAACAAAGUCGAAUUCGACCGUUUUUCUGCAAUGCAAAAAAUUGAGAGUCUUCAGGACGGUACGAAGAAACUUCACCUUGUAAAGGACACAAUGGCAAAAGAGAUUCAAGAUUUGUCACAGCAUUCAAAAGAAUUGCUUGUAAAAGCAAGCGAACUAGGUGAUCAGAAUGCUGAGUUGCAGAAGCAAUGCGAGCUGCAGCAAGAUCAGCUCUCUCGUUCAGACGACACCAUUGACAGUCUUACGCAAGAAGUUGUAAAAUUGAAGCAGCAGAUCACCUUGCAGUCAAAUGAAAUUGCUAGUAUUCACAAGGACCUUGCGUCGGCACAGGAAGGUUGCCGUCAAGCUGCAACGACGUACUCUCAACAGCUCGAUGAACUUGCCUCUAAUGCAAGAAAGAUCGAAGAGCAGCAGCAGAAACUUGCUGAAAACAAGGAUAUUGUAAAGGAUAUGGCAAAUAAGCUUGAGAGGGCGUCAAGCGAGAUUCGAGAUGCUGAAUUGAACAUCUCACGCCAGCAAGAAGAGAUUGAUAUGCACAAGAAGAUUCAGUCUACACUACGUGGCGAGUUAAAAAGCCUUGAAAUUGAUCGUUUGAAGCUGGUCACGAUGCUAAAGACAGAACAAGAAUCGAAGCAGAGCAUCGAAAAGGACUUUGCCGAAGCCCGAAAGGAGUGGAAGGGCGAAAAGAGUGAGCUGGAACAGCACUCGCAUGCAUCGAUUUUGGCUUCUGAGAAACGUGUUGCCGAGUUGAUGUUGAACGAGAAGACGCUCUCAGCUUUGAAGCUCACAUUGGAGCAAGAAAACGAGCUACUGAAGACGUCAGUAGCAGAGCAGGAAGGGGCUCUGCAGCAGCUCAAGGAUUGCGUUGCCGACAGGGAGGAAAAGAUCGUUGAGCUGGAGUCAAAGACUGCCGACGCAGUCGCAACACAUGAUGAACUUGCUAGCAGUGUCGCUGAGAUGCAAAACAGUGUGCAUGAGCUCGAACUUGAGUUAGCGAGUCAGCAGAAUAUUUUGUCCGAGCAGGAAGUAAAGCUUGCCGAGAAGACUGCUGCCAUCUUGGAAAGAGACGACACCAUUGCAACGUUGAAGGACUGUUCGUCUAACGACAAAUUGAUGUGGGAUGUAAAGGAGCACGAAUUCAAAGCUGAGCUGGGAGCCGCUUACGGUCAGGUACAAGCAUAUGAGCAGCUAGUAGCGGAGAAGACUGCAGCGUUUGCAAAAGCGGAGGAAGCAUUGCUGGCGAAGAAGUACACACUUGAGCAGAAAUUCGAGGAAGGGGAGGAAAUAUUGGCGCAGCAGACUGAGCAGCUGAUGCAGGAGAUCAAGCAUCUUGGAGCGACCGUAGAACGAAAAGAUGAACAGAUUCAGCUGGCCAAUAGGUCUUUGGCUGAGCUGAAGGACCGAUUGACAGAGAGUGACAGCAGCGUCAAGGUUAAGGAUUUGCAAUUUGCAAUGGGAGAACUCGAGGCGAAGCACAAAUUGGUAGAAACGGAAAACGCAAGUCUCAGGAAGGCGAUAUCCGAACUGAAGGAGCGGGAAGAUAAGCUCAACCGUCGUCGUAGUGAGCUUGACGUUGCCGAAGAGCAAAACAGAUCUUUUCGAAAGGCGGUAGACGCAGAGAAGGCAUUAGUUGAGAAUGCUCGGAAGGAAGCACAGACGACGGCGAUGUCUCAAGACGUGCUUGGGCAGGCUAAGCGCAAGUUCUUAGCUGAGAAGGUGAAGUUGCAGCGAGAGACUCAGGCUCUUAUGAAAAAGGUAGAGAUGUUGUCGAAAGAGAACGAGAAGCUGGUUGGUCAUCGCAAUAGCCGCCAAAAAAUUCAGCAUCACGUUAAGGUGAAGGAGGAGAAUAACCGUCUUCUGGAUCAGGUGCGGCUGCUAACAGACGACAAGCUUAAACUGCAGCGAUCACUUGAGAAGCUACGGAUGAUGCUAAAGGAGAAGGAGAAUAUAGUGGGGUCUACAGGUAACACGGCGCCAUUCAUGUCUCCACUCUCGAACGAUUCGUCAAGCGGAUUGAUUCCCACCAUGAAAGCUAAGCGGCCAAGCCUUGGCAGUGCGUCAAGUGCAACUGCUGGAACAGCAGCUUCUGCUUCAAGAGUAGCAGCUAGGCUAGCAGUGCGAGGUCGGUCUAUCAGUCGUUCCGCGUCACCUGGACCAACUAAGAAGCGAGCAAGGUCACACGUUAGUUCAUCAGGACCGGGUUGGCAGAGAUAG